AUGACCAAGUCUAGCGUUGGCGACUCUUGUGCUCUUGACGCCACACUCAGCACAGACAUUCCGGCGGCCCCGGUGCUCGUCUGGACGCCACCGUGUCGCUUGAGAGCGCCGCGCUGCAACAGGACUGCUUCUGGCUGCCUCUCGGCUGGAGUUGCGAUGGGCCGCGGCGGAGGCGGCGACGAGGAAGGGGAGGAGGCGGAGGCGGACGUGGACAUCGACGAGGUGCCGGCGCUUGGUUGGUCGCUGCUUGCCGAGGCGUGCGACGCCGAUCUGGCAGGCAGCGCGCCGCAAGGCGCGGAUGGAGACGACACUGUGCCCUAUUGGCCGCAUGGCGCGGCGAGUGUGGCGAGCGCGGCACGGCGCGACCUCGUCCUAGCAUACGCAGAGGUUGCGUGGAGGCGGCGCGACGCUGCUUGA